CCUGCCCUAAGGGCAGAUUUCCGGGCGCCGGACUGCCUCUCUCUGGCUCGUUCCGUCCCGCGUUGCCAAACCCGUCGUCGCUGAGCCUCUGUGACCUCUGCCCCCUGCUCUCUGCUCUGCCCCAUCCCCUUGACUUUGCCGGUGUUCGAAAGCACCUCCCUACCGCACGGGCCGUGCGCGAUGGAUGGCGCGGUUUCAGACGAGUUCAGCUUGGAGCCUCGGGCGGACCAGGAGGGCGGAGACAGAGACAGCAGCAGCCACGAGGACGAGCUCGCACUCCGGGCGGCGCUGCACUACAGCGUGGGCGAGGUCUGCAGCGGCGAGAACGGGAAGAUCGCGGUGACAGGCAGCGCGGUGUCUACCUUGGCGGAGGUGGUCUUCAAGUUCUCCGAGUCCCUGGCUCUGGACCUGCGCGUGUUCGCCAAGCACGGCAAGAGAGCCGUCGUCGGCGUCGAUGACGUCAAGUGCGCCGCAAGGAAGGACCCGAAGCUCGUGGAAAAACUCGCGGGCUUUGAGUCGGCGAUGAACCUCAACGCCGGCAAGAAGAAGGCCGCCGCCUCCCGGAAGAAGAAGGACAAGGGUCAACAGCAACACCAACAGCAACGGAGGGGGACUGGCGGCGUGACUCUGGCCGAAGACGAGGGGGGGGAGGACGAGGAGGAGGGGGAGAGAAGAACAGCACCCAAGUCCGUGCCUACAAGCACCGCCGAAUCAUCGGCGAUGCCACUCGCAAGACAACUCGCAACGGGGACAGCAGCGGCAAGCACAACUACCAGGGGGGGGGGAGGGGGCGGCGGCGAAGGCGGCAGCGGGAAAGCGGGCAGCGACAACUUUGUAGAUCUACUACUAGACGACGAUGAAGGCGGAAACGACCGGGGGACAGAGAGCGAGCUCAGGGGCACGGGGGAACCCUUGAGGGGUACGUCGGCGGCGACGGCAUUUGGGAAGGGUCCGGGGGGGGCGAGUCUGGGGGCAGGUGGGGCGUCUUACAGCGACGAAGACUCCGACGACGACCUGCUAUUGUGACCCGCUAUCCUGGGCUGAGGAGGAGAGGGGCGGGUACUCACAGCCGUGCAUGCCAUAGUCAUUAGGACAUUGACCUCCGGGGGGGGGGAGGAGGCGUUGUUACAGUUGUUCCCUCAUGAUUGGUGUUCCCCUUGUGGUGAAGGGACUGAAAGCGGGGGCCGGCUGGCCAAUGAUUGUGGCGGCGAGAUUUCGACGAACCGUCUGCGACCGUGUCUGGUGACAGUUGCUCGUGCUGGUGGUUAGGGUUGUUUCUUGGCUUGGUUUUUGCCUUGAACGGGUAGAUGAAGGGAGGGGGAAGCGCAGACGAUUUAUU